GGGGCUGCGCGCGCCAUGGAGCCGCGGUGCCCGCCGCCAUGCGGCUGCUGCGAGCGGCUGGUGCUCAACGUGGCCGGGCUGCGCUUCGAGACCCGCGCGCGCACGCUGGGCCGCUUCCCGGACACUCUGCUAGGGGACCCUGUGCGCCGCAGCCGCUUCUACGACGGCGCGCGCCGCGAGUACUUCUUCGACCGACACCGGCCCAGCUUCGACGCGGUGCUCUACUACUACCAGUCCGGCGGCCGGCUGAGGCGGCCGGCGCACGUGCCACUCGACGUCUUCCUGGAGGAGGUGGCCUUCUACGGUCUGGGCGCGGCGGCGCUAGCGCGCCUGCGCGAGGACGAGGGCUGCCCCUUGCCGUCCGAGCGCCCACUGCCCCGCCGCGCCUUUGCGCGCCAGCUCUGGCUGCUCUUCGAGUUCCCCGAGAGCUCGCAGGCCGCGCGCGUGCUCGCCGUCGUCUCUGUGCUUGUCAUCCUUGUCUCCAUCGUCGUCUUCUGCCUCGAGACACUGCCCGACUUCCGCGAUGACCGCGACAACCCGGGGCUCGCCGCGGUGGCUGCCGCUGGCCCGUUCCCGGCUCGACUGAACGGCUCCAGCCCAGUGCCUGGACCCACACCUCGCUUGCCCUUCGAUGACCCGUUCUUUGUGGUGGAGACGUUGUGCAUCUGUUGGUUCUCCUUCGAGCUGCUGGUGCGCCUGGCAACCUGCCCAAGCAAGACAGCCUUCUUCAAGAAUGUGAUGAACCUCAUCGAUUUCGUGGCCAUCCUGCCCUAUUUUGUGGCACUGGGUACUGAGCUGGCCCGGCAGCGGGGGGUGGGCCAGCCAGCCAUGUCAUUGGCCAUCCUUCGAGUCAUCCGACUAGUGCGCGUCUUCCGCAUCUUCAAGCUGUCCCGACACUCCAAGGGCCUGCAGAUCUUGGGCCAGACCCUACGAGCCUCCAUGCGUGAGCUGGGCCUCCUCAUCUUCUUCCUCUUCAUUGGUGUGGUCCUCUUCUCCAGCGCAGUCUACUUUGCUGAGGUUGACCGGGCAGACUCCCAUUUCACCAGCAUCCCUGAGUCCUUCUGGUGGGCAGUGGUCACCAUGACCACAGUUGGCUAUGGAGACAUGGCACCCGUCACUGUGGGUGGCAAGAUAGUGGGCUCUCUGUGCGCCAUCGCAGGCGUGCUGACCAUUUCCCUGCCUGUUCCAGUUAUUGUCUCCAACUUCAGCUACUUUUACCACCGGGAGACAGAGGGUGAAGAGGCUGGGAUGUUCAGCCAUGUGGACACACAGCCCUGUGGCCCACUGGAGGGCAAGGUCAAUGGGGGUUUGGUGGAUCGAGAGGUGCCUGAGCUACCACCUCCACUCUGGGCACCCCCUGGGAAACAUAUGGUCACUGAAGUGUGAGGGACAGUUGAGGUCUGCGGGACCUCAUGUUUCCUUGGAGGGAGGGAUGGAGGGAGGGGCAGAGGGGAAGAUGGGGGGAGGGGGUUGGGUUUAGGAAGAACUAAGUUAGGUGGUAAUGAGCUGGGAACACUAAAUCUUGUUGGGUCUUGAGUUGUGGUUUGGUAGCUCCUGUGGGUACCUCCUUAGGUGACAAUGAAUGGCAAUGGCUUGUGCUGAGUUGAGGGGGAGAUUCCAUUGGUUUGUAUUGCAUUGGGCUGUGCAAAACUUGUGGAGCCUUUGGGGUAGUGUUGAGAUAGGUUUGGUCACAUAGUUUUGUGAGUUUCUUAGUUCCAUGUUGGGUUGGGUUAGGUGGCGAGUCUGGGUGAGUCUUGUCCAACUGCAUUGUGCAGGACUCUGUGGUUUUAUGAAUCCCCUAGGGCCAUGCUAAGGUGGUCACCCAUGGCAUUGUUGGGACUGCAUAGUGUUGUGGAGUUGAGUUGAGACAUGGUGGAAACCGUGUGGCUUUAUGAUCCUUCUAGGGCCAUGUUAUUUUAGGUUCUGUGAACUUGUGAGUUAUGUAGAAAUACAAAUAGUCAAGUGAUAAAAUGGGAGCUUUCUAGGUCACAUUAGGUUAAGUUGGGUUGGAAUGUAUGACCAUGGGAGUCUUUCAGGGUUCUGUUGUGCUGAAUUGUGUAGAGUUAUGUGGCUGGAAGUUUCUCAGGGCUACGCUGAGUUGAGUCAUAAUGAGUUGUAUAAUCAUGUGAGUCUUGUGGGGCCAGUUCAGUUGGGUGGUACAACUGUUUUGAGUCUCAUAGGGCCGUACUGAGUUGAGUUACAAGUUGUAUCGUUGAGUCCUGCAGGAAUGUUGGGUUAAGUUGAACUGUAUGUACGAGCUCCAUAGGGCCAUGUUGGUUUGUGUUUGCAUUUAGUAGCAGUACUAGGACCCAAGGAUAAGAGCACUGAGAAGGAAUCAUGUAUCAAGGAGCGAAUGUGGUGUGUGGGCAAACUGAACUGGCUUGCCCAGUGUCACUCACUGUAAGGGGCAGGGCUGGGGGCUGUAGAUUCAGGUGUUCAUGCAGAGGGACUCUGGAUAAACUAGGAAGAUGUAGCGGCUCCUUCCAUUUACCCCACACCUGCUUUGUUUUGCCAUUCAAACCUCUUCUCCACCUGUCUUCUCCACAGAGUUUGGCUUACAGACUCUUGAAUGGAGAUCAGAGCCACAAGGGCAGGGGAAAUGGGGAGAAAGUGUUUGUAGAAAGUGUUUGGAGAAAAUGUUUCUGUCCCUGUCCCCCCCAACAUGAUGGGGGGACAGAAACUCAAGAGAGGGGGACAGACAGCUGGAGAGGGAUAGAGACCCAGAGAAAGAAGAGAUACCCAAAGAAGAGACAGAGACCCAGAGGAAGGAGAUAGAGACCCAGGGGGGCGGGUGUCAGACACCCAGAGAGAGAGGAUCAGAGACCCAGAGUUGGAAAGAGACCAGAGCACCCCAGAGAAAGAGAACCAGAAAAGAAACAGGCAGAAAAAGUCAGUGCCCCCGAACUGAACCCAAGAGAAACGCUGUCUCUCUUCCAUAGGAUCACAAAGGAAUCCCAAAUCAUGGCAAGCCACCCCCUCCUCCUGCAGCAUAAGAAGUCAGCCAGACGAGCUUCAGGGCCUGCUCUCUUUUCCUGGGGAGAAACCAGAUUCUCAGAGCAUGGGAGUGGCUUCCCGAGGUCCCAUGGCAUGUCCCCGGGGGCCAAGACUUGUGGCCAGCCGCGUGACCCCACAUGUCCCCAUCCGCCUGCCGGUACACACAGGACCUCCCCAGUCCAACAGCUUCACGUCUCACAAAUGAGGCAACCGAGGCUCAGAGGGCAGGGUGUUAUCCAAGGUCACAAAACCUUUUCAGAGAUCUUUCAGUACUAAAAGGGCAUUUGGAGGACGAAGAGGACGGUUAAAUCACUAACACAUAUAGGACUUCCUAUGUGGCAGGUAUUAUUCAAAGUACUUGUAUA